AUGGCCAAGCUUGACACUACUUCCAGGCUGACUCUCCUGAGGGGUCUAAUGAAGGAGCGCAAUGUUCAAAUCUAUAUCAUUCCGUCGGAGGAUAGCCACUCCUCCGAAUAUAUCGCAGAAUGCGAUGCCAGGAGAGCUUACAUCUCGGGGUUCACUGGCUCUGCUGGAUGUGCCGUUGUCACCUUGGAUUCUGCUGCCCUUGCCACUGAUGGUCGUUACUUCAACCAAGCCGCAUCUCAACUCGACAACAACUGGACACUCCUCAAGCAAGGUCUUCAAGAUGUUCCUACUUGGCAGGACUGGUCCGCCGAACAAUCCUCUGGUGGGAAGAAUGUGGGGGUCGACCCGACACUUAUUUCUGGCUCUACAGCCAAGAAUCUGACUGAAAAGAUUCGGAAAAAUGGCGGUGCUGGGCUGGUUCCCGUUGAUGGAAAUCUGGUCGAUCUGGUUUGGGGUGAUGAGCGUCCUGCUCGUCCUUCUGAGAAGGUCAUCAUCCAGCCUGAUGAACUCGCGGGUGAGUCUGUGUCAAACAAACUCAACAAGGUCCGACAAGAAAUGGGCAAAAAGCGUUCGCCUGGCUUCCUUGUUUCCAUGCUGGAUGAGAUUGCUUGGCUAUUCAAUCUGCGCGGCAACGAUAUCCCUUUUAAUCCUGUCUUCUUUGCUUAUGCCACGGUUACGCCCGAUGCUGCUAAGCUUUACAUAGAUGACUCCAAGCUGGAUGAUAAGUGCCGCUCCCAUCUUAGUUCGAACAAGGUCGAGGUCAAACCAUACGAUGCUAUCUUCGAGGAUUCUCAAGCGCUUCAUGCCGCUGCCACCGAAAAGAUCAAGACUGACGACAAAGCUCCCAAGGGAAACUUUCUCAUUUCCAAUAAAGGUUCAUGGGCGCUCAAGCGGGCUCUCGGAGGUGACUCUUCGGUUGAUGAAAUCAGAAGUAUCAUUGGUGAUGCAAAGGCCAUCAAGACCGAGGCCGAACUCAAGGGCAUGAGAGACUGUCAUGUGAGAGACGGAGCUUCACUGAUCCAAUAUUUUGCUUGGCUCGAAGAUCAGCUGGUGAAUAAGAAGGCGACCCUUGACGAAGUCCAAGCAGCCGAUAAGCUUGAAGCGCUCCGCAAAGAAAAGAAGGACUUUGUUGGCCUCUCAUUCCCAACCAUUUCUUCUACUGGUGCUAACGCUGCGAUCAUUCAUUACGGUCCCGAGCGUGGAAACUGUGCCACUAUCGAUCCCAACGCCAUCUAUCUUUGCGAUUCUGGCGCUCAAUACCGCGACGGCACUACCGACACCACUCGAACACUGCAUUUUGGCACGCCUACGGAUGCUGAGAGAGAAGCAUACACUCUGGUUCUGAAGGGACACAUCUCCCUGGAUCAGGCUAUCUUUCCUAAGGGUACCACCGGCUUUGCCCUUGAUGGCUUGGCCAGGCAACAUCUCUGGAGAAACGGACUGGAUUACAGACAUGGCACUGGACACGGAGUCGGAUCAUUCUUGAAUGUUCACGAAGGUCCUAUUGGCAUUGGUACUCGUGUUCAGUACGCUGAAGUAGCUCUUGCUCCAGGAAACGUAUUGUCAAACGAGCCUGGAUAUUACGAGGAUGGCAAAUACGGCAUACGAAUUGAGAACAUGGUUCUCGUCAAAGAAGUCAAAACCAAGCACUCGUUUGGCGACAAACCUUUCUUGGGCUUCGAGUAUGUCACUAUGGUGCCAUACUGCCGAAAUCUGAUCAACACAGCACUACUCACAUCCGAAGAAAAGGACUGGCUGAACACCUAUAACAAGAAGGUCCUGGAGAAGACGCAAGGUUACUUCGAGGGUGACGACGUGACACUGGCCUGGCUCAAGAGAGAAACGGUGCGAAUCGAUUAA